AUGAAGCCAAUCCUUUCCAUCAUCUCCCUGUCCACAGUAUCGGCCAUACUGGUUCCGCCACCGACCGGCCCUUAUGAUGUUGCCAUGAAGGUGCAGUCAGUCACCGACUCAAGUCGACCGGCUGAUCCUUUCGAGGCAAACGGCUCUCCCAAGGGCCGCCACGUCUUGUUUUCCACCUUUGUGCCCGUGGAAAAGGGAGCGGGUGGCAGUUCAUGCCCUCUUGCGACGGUUCCCUACAUGACGCCCAAGGUGGCCGCUGCGUAUGGAAAGCAAGCCGCUCAGGCUGGUCUCCCAGAAACGCUCUUCGCUUCCUUCGAGAUGCAGGUUUGCGAUUUGGCCAAGAUAAAUCCUUGUGGUGGAGGUCCCAAAACAAACAAAAAGUACCCAGUGCUGCUGUUCACGCCUGGCCUCGCAGAGUCUCGACUUUUAUACGGCGCGGCUGCUAGGUCUCUUGCCAGCCAAGGAUACGUGGUGGUUACGGUAGAUCAUCCGUUUGAAGCUAAUUUCGUCGAGUUUCCUGAUGGGUCUGCUACCGCUGGACGCAAUAUUUCAAGUACCGAUGAGCCUAUCAAAACAAAGGCUAUGCAGGUUCGAGCCGAAGACCUGUCCUACGUCAUCGACCAACUUCAAAACACGACACUUACCAAGUCGCUUCUUGGCGGGUUGGCCCGUUCCCUGGAUCUCAAGCGAUUAGCAGUAUACGCCCAUUCCGUUGGAGGAGGCGCCGCCGCGAUUCUGGCUCGAAAUGAUAAGAGGGUUCGAGGAGGCGUCGAUUUCGACGGCCAGGUUGUGGAACCGAUAAGAAGCCAGGGUCUCAACAAGCCCUUCCUUCUUGCUGGAAGAUAUGGUCACAGUGCUCCGGAUUCGUCAGAUCCCACUUGGAACCAGUUUUGGCCUCACCUGACCGGUUCGCGUGUGGAACUCGCCAUCAACGGCACGGCCCAUGGCUCUUAUACCGACCGACCUUUGCUCCUUUCCGCCCUCGGCCUCCCCGAUCCCGUUCUGGACCAAGUUGCUGGAGAGAUUGGGUCCGUCAGGGGUCGAAGACUCGAGACAAUUGUCAAUGAUGUACUCAUGAGUUUCUUUGAUUUGGUGUUUUACAAGAACGAACAAAAGUUGAAGGGUCUUCCCAAGGCUUAUACCGAAGUUUCCAUCACACGCAGCAGCUUGUAA